AUGAACACAUUCACAAAGGUGACCAAACUACCAAAACCCAAAGAAGCAAUCAAGAAGUUGUCAUCACCUUCUUCUCUCAUUACCAAAGCACUGAAUCCAUCACAGUUCUCGGAUCCACCAAAACUAGCUCGAUAUCUUGAGAAAAGAGUCCUUGCUCACGCACCAGGCCGAUUCGUUGUGAUAGACAAACCCUAUGGAAUCUCUUGUGUUGGCCAGUUGCAAGAAAACGGUGGAGUAUUCGAGAACAGUGUACGGGAUGAUAGGAAAACUGUAAAGUGGGCAGGAACAAUCAAAAUGAGGUCAGAUGAACAAGUCGGAGUCACAAUUACAGAUAGUUUGAAAUUGCUGCGGAAGAUUUUGAAAGAGCCUCAACUGAGUUUCUGUACGGGUCUGAAACGAUAUCUAUCGGGAGCGAUUGUAUUGCCAUGCAAUGAACAUGAUUCGAAUAUUUUGAAAAAUUGUAUUCGGAGGAUGUCUUCAGAUGUUGAACCGCCAUUUAUGUAUAAUGCACUAGCUAUAACAGUUGGGCGACCAGAGAAAAGCAGUGGUUUGAUUACAGGAUUCGCCACAUUCCGUAAUGUUGGAAAGCACAAGGAAUACAUUUUCGAGGAGAGAAAAGUGUCGAAACGAGCCAAGUCUGGAAAAUAUGCAGUGGAAGGGCACAUGAGCUAUCGGGUGUUGGACACAAAAAACGGAGUUUCUCUCGUCGAUUUUUCUAUUGAUAAGUUUGCUCGCCAUCUACCACGUCUUAUGCUGACCCAUAUGCUUUCGCCGAUUCUCGGAGACAGAAUCUAUUGGAGAAGGUUGAUGGAAGUCGAUGGAGCUCCAGAAUUGAUCAGUGCUGGAAGCAGAGUACCUGAAUUUACUCAAUGGAUUCCCAGAGUUCUACUUGAAAAAUUUGCGAUGAAUAACAAAGAAAUCAUGACGUCUCUACCCAUCUACUGUCAUGUGUACAAUACGAUUUUUGAAGACGUUGGUGGUUAUGAAGAGCAAGGACUUGUUGCAGCAUCAGAACCACCGGCACACUUCAUGGCAGCACUGGAACUUCUUGAUCUGCUCCCUGCAUACCUGAAGUUCAAGAAACAAUCGUCGGAGAAGUCAUCAGAUGAUUCUACAUCGGAAACAUCUAAAACUUCUGGAGAUGUGAUAUUCUAG